AUGAUCGGGACGUCACUCCUCUUCGUUCAUGAUCAAACAGGCAUGGCCAACGUCUGGAUGAUUGACUUUGGCAAGACAUCUGCGCUCCCCUCUGGUGUUGAGGUAGAUCACCGUGGAGCCUGGAAACCGGGAAAUCACGAGGAGGGUUAUCUCUUUGGUCUGGAGAAUUUGAUUUCCAUCUUUGCGGAACUUGUCAGAGAAAGUACAGUCGCCGGCUGUCUGUCUCCUCUCCCACUCUUCCCCGAUAGCCCCUCUACGGGCAUGAAUUUUCCCCAAACAGUAGGCUGCGAAUUGCCUCCUCCUCCCACCGACAGUGCUUCGGAUAUUCCAAUCAGCCGCACCUUACCUGUCGUUAUAGGUAGUAGUGAACCUGGUUGA